AUGAGCAGAGGGGCAUGGCAUGAGAACACCCAGGAGCCAAGAAAGGAAACACUUCAGCACCGGGAGCUUCAAGAGGGCUCGACCGAGCCGCCGCCGCCGGAGCCACCGCCCGCGCCUCCGACAGCGGUGAUCGAGGAGUCAGCCGAGGCGCUGCAGGUGCGGGCGUCGCCGCCGGAACCAUCUCCGCUACUCACGCAGGCACGUGAGGGGGAAGGAGAGGGGGUGGUGGCUGUGCCACCGCCGCCGGCAUCACCUCCGCUAAUCAAGCCGGCGCUUGGGGGCGUGGUUCCGGCUGCCUUGCCGCCGUUUCCGGCGCUGCCGCGGCCGCCAGGUUGUGCUGAUUCCGAGUCUGAUUCGGAUCUGGACCAGGAUCCCUCCGCCAAACCUUCGGAUGAAGUCUCUUCUAGCGGGGAGGAGCAGAUCGAGAUCGUCGAUCUAACCACUUCGGAGCAUCAAAUCACGAGACCGAAUCCAGGGAUUGGAGGAAGGUUUUGGGUGCUUGUUGAUGACGAAGAAGAGGAGGUCGAGGAUCGUCACCCGGAUGCAGCGAAAGACCCAAUGAAGACCGUGUCUUCGUCGUCCUUGGUGGCAGAUGUUGUUGCGUCUUCAUCCAAGAUUCUGCCGGGAGAGAGGUGCAAGGACAAGAGGAGCUCCGCGUCAAGGCCGGCGGCGGGCUGCAAACCUGCGGCUCUGGCAAUCAAGCCAUGGAAAGGACCCCUUCCUAAGAUGGGUGGACGAAGGUCAACCGAAAAAAGAAAAAGAAAGUGA